CAUAGGUCAUAUCAUCCGAUAUUUUCGCCCUGCAUGUACCCUUGCAUACUUUGGUCGCAUGGCUAAUAGACAGGCAGUUAAAAUGCAGUAUUUGUUGCUGUAUACAUGUUCUGUGUUGUUAGUUCUAUCUCUAAGCCAGCCGUCAGUUUCAGACGACCCUCCUUGCGGACUGCCCUUGCCCAAAACUUCCGUGGUGUACAAACUCCGGGAGGGGGAGGGGGGCAUCACUGUGGACGGUAGGUUAGAUGAAAGGGCAUGGACCGAUUUGCAGUGGAUGGACAAGUUUGUAGACAUUCAAGGAGAAGACUAUCCCAAACCUCGCUAUGAAACGUACACUAAGCUGCGCUGGGACGACACAUAUCUGUACGUGGCCGGAUAUCUGCAGGAGCCAGACGUGUUUGCCAACCAGACGAAGCACGACUCAGUAGUAUUCGAGGACAACGAUUUUGAGGUAUUCACAGAUCCAGAUGGCAGCACCCACCAUUACAAAGAAUUUGAAAUCAAUGCAAUCAACACAACAUGGGACCUGGAGCUAAGUAAGCCCUACCUGAAUGGAGGAAACGCCAACAGUAGUUGGGAGAUGCCAACAAUGAAGUCAGCAACAUAUGUGGAGGGACCUAUCAACAACCCACUAGUACCAAAUAAGUUUUGGACCGUUGAGUUGGCACUUCCUUUUAAGGACAUGGUUCAUGACUGCACCGUGGCAACGGCCCCGCCCAAACAUGGCGACCAAUGGAGGAUCAACUUCAGCAGGGUUGAGUGGCAUGUAAAAAAUGUGGACGGCCAUUACGAAAAGGUACCUGGUUUACCUGAAGACAACUGGGUGUGGUCUCCACAACACUCUAUCAACAUGCACCUGCCUGAAAGAUGGGGUAUAAUCCAGUUCAGCACAGACCCAGUCAACUCUGGCACGUUCCAACCCAGUCCCAACUGGCCUGUCUACUCCAACCUUGUGGAGCUGUACAAUGCUGAAAAGAAAUUCUUUGCGAUCAACGGCUACUUCACCUCCAACCUGACCCAACUGGAGCUCCCAGACUACGUCAGGAAAGGGAAAUGUGCAAGCGUUCCUCACGUUAACGUCAUCAAGCUGUACAACUUCAACGCAACAGUGAAACCAUUCAACUCAUCUCUACCUAAAGGGAACAUAAGGGAUGAUAGACUUAUUUGGUUCACUUGACGAGAAAAGGACAUUAUCAUAAGUUUAUGAUAUUUUAGAAAAGUUAUUUAUUGAGAUGGGAAUGUUU